UCUCUCUCCGUACUUAAAGUCUUUCACCAAAUACACUUUCCCUAAAAAUUUUCUUGUGCUGUAUGAAAUGAAAAGUUCCUUUGUAUCAACAAAAUAUGAAGGUGUGGCUUCUGUUGGCCGUAUGGGCUUGUUGGAUAUUCAUGGUUGAACCACAGUGCUGCAUCGCUGCGACAGAAAAAGAAAACAAGCUCACGAUUUACACUGUGAGAUUCACCACUAAUGGUGCCACCAGAAACUCGUAUCUGAUGUUUAUGAAGGAUCUGUACAAUGCAUUGACAGACCGUGCAGAUAGAACCGGAGACAUACCAGUGUUGCCUCCCCGAUCUGCACAGCUUACUGAUCCCCAACAAUAUCUUUAUGUGGAACUCUCAAAUGGGUACCAAACCGUCACAUUAGCUUUGAAUGUCAGUGAUGCGUAAAUCUUGGGUUAUCAAGCAGGUGGAAGUGGAAGCUCCUACUUCUUUAGCGAUGUUCCCACUGAUGCACGUAAUGCUCUCUUUCCAAACACUCAGAGAGAGUCUCUUCCAUUUACUGGCAGAUGUGGGGCACUUGAAGGUGCUGCAGGAGUAGUGGUAGAUAGAGGGGAAAUCCCUCUCGGAAUUGACGAACUACGCCAACAUAUUGAUAACAUGAAUAAUCUCCAACCUAGUUCACAUAGAAGCUCCAUCGCUAGAGCUCUUAUAGUUUGUAUCCAGAUGGUUUCAGAAGCUGUGCGAUUGAGAAACAUCCAGCAAGAAAUACUUUCAGUUGCAGAGCCUCGUGCGGAUGGAACUUAUGGAGUGUUUUAUCCAGAUGGUUUAGUGAUGAGGUAUGAAAACAGCUGGAAAAAGAUCUCUUCUGCCAUCUAUUCUGCAACAGAUGGAAUCUUCAAUAAUGCAAUCCAUUUAGUAUAUCAUAGUCAAGAAUUGGCGGUUUUGAGCACCGUGAGACAAGUGCUUUUCAUUAUUGCAAUAAUGCCAUCAUCAGCAUGCAGAAACAUAAGAGCUAAUCCGCAGCUUUUGCGCAUGCCAGCAUCGAUAUCAUUAUAUGAGUUUUCUUCUUUGUUGCCUAUGGCUAUAAGAUCCAUUGGCCUGGUAAACAACGAUGACAAUUGUGAAAGAGCGUUAGCACCGACCUCGCAUAUUACUGGACAAAAUGGUCUGUGUGUUGAUGUAUACCAGGGAAGCUACCACAACGGAAACAAAAUAAUCUGAUGGGAAUGUGGGCAAAAUCAGGCCAAUCAAUUGUGGACGUUGAGAACAGAUGAUAACACAAUUCGAUCUGGCGGAAAAUGUUUAACCACUUAUGGAUACAGCUCCGUAAGCUAUGUAAUGAUCUUUUAUUGUAACUCGGCUGUCUCUGAUGCCACCAAAUGGGAAAUCUGGAGCGACGGAACCAUAAUAAAUCCUAGAUCUGGGCUAGUCUUGACGGGAAGUAAAGAUAGCUCAGGCAUGAUUAAUUUGAUUGUAGAUAGCAACUCUUAUGGUUCUAGACAAGCUUGGUAUGUCAGUAAUAAUACGAACCCAUCGGUGACCACCAUUGUUGGGUACAAUGGUGAGUGCUUGCUGGCAAGUGGAACUCUAGUGUGGCUGGAGAGGUGUUUGAGUAACGAUGCUGAACAACAGUGGGCAAUAUAUCUAGACGGGACCAUCAGGCCUCAGAAGAACCGACUCGGAUGUCUCAAGUAUACAGAUGAGAUCUUAGUCACCGUGGGAACGGCGAUGGACGGAAUGAGGAACGGUGGCGAUUUCAUAGCAAUGGCACCAUUUUCCAUGAGAUGACAAUGGAGGUUAUGGAUGUGCUUGAUUCUACAAACACCCCAGUUCAAGUUACGGUCGAUUCUUACAGCGAUCAACGACUUGGCCAAAUUAGG